AUGGCCUGGAUUCUCCCUGGGAGCGACGGAAAUCCAGUGAUGCAGCACAAAGCCAUCCUGGCGACUUCACUCGGGUUCUCGCGCACCUUCAACUCUAGGAAUAUCGAAUUUCCCUGGUAUGCGCUGUGGGAUCAGAAACUCUCUGAUCUUGUGGCAGAUGUCCCGCAUUUAAUUGUCACCCCUCAAUUCCCUGUUUGGUUCGUACCGCCAGAUGAUCACGAGGAUGAAAAGGGGGGGGCUCCAGGAAGACAAGCCGACGACGACGACGAAGAGGCAUGGGCGGGGGACACUUCUUUCGCAUCGACCAUCCCGGCGAAGCGUGCUAAGAGUGUCGUUGUGGAUUUUGUGAUUCUCAAUCUUGGGGCAGUGGCUCAGCCGGAGUACAAGCGGAACUUUCGCUAUAAAGGGUGGAGGAUUACUGCGGCGAGCAUUGGCUUGCUUGUUGAAGUGAAACGGUUCGUGUGUAGGAGUCUGAAAGGUCAGGAGCAGAAAGCGGAGAUUCUUCGUCGAGUUACAGAAGCUAAAGGCGACCUGCUCAACCAAGCAGCACAUAUCUUUGUCCAGGAUCCGAAGAGGGAUUCCGUGUUGGCUAUUGCAGCUGCAGGUCCGUAUUGGUCCAGCACUACAAUUCGCCGUACCAACGUCACGAAGAAGAUACACGGUCUUUCAGUAGGAGACCCAGAUUAUCAAGCCACCAGCGAACGACCCUCUGACACGGUUCCGCAUUGGAAUGCAGUUCUUCGUGUUGAUCUCGCACGCUCUAGCGACCGGUUACACACUAUAUACAAGAGUUUAAAGAAGAUGAACGAUGAUUUGGAUAAACCCGCAGAUGUUUGACAUUUAUAUCCUUCGUCUCUAGAAGUACUUAAAUAAAUCUGUUGACAAAAAUGACAAGCACGUACUGGGAUUUAUGUA